AUUAAUUUAAUUUUGUACGUACCAAAAACUAAAAAUAUUUAAAUAAUAUUCAUUAAAUUGUAAAUGUUCUAAGAUGGAUAUUAAACCAGGAAGUCCUUAUGACAUUAACGGUGCAUGUUUCAAUGCAGAGUUGUAUGUGAAAAAAGUACUUAAGGAGUCAAAUUUGAAACAAGUUAUUGAUCAUGAAAGAGAAAUACAUCAAGAUAUUCAAUCUUUACAUUCUGAUAUGCAAACUUUAGUUUAUGAAAACUACAACAAAUUUAUUUUGGCUACUGAUACAAUAGGAAAAAUGAAAAAUGAUUUUAAAAGUUUAGAAGAGGAUAUGGAAUCACUUUUAUUUAAAAUGGAUGAGAUUAUUACAACAUCAGAAAUAAUUACAUCAAAUUUGCACGCCAAUAAAGAUGAAAUUUCAAAACUUUCAGAGACCCAUACAUUAUUAAAACGUUUGCAGUUUGUUUACACGCUUCCAGCAACUUUAAAUAAACAUUUGAUAAAAGGAGAUUAUGCACAGGUUGUUCGAGAAUAUUUACAUGCUCAACGAGUUUUAACUCAAUAUGGGAAUCAAGAAUCGUUAAAGGGAAUACUUAAUGAUUGUAAUAAAAUAGUGAACGAACUUAAAAACAUUUUAUACAGCCAUUUAAGARAUAAAGAUAUUACUGGUAAAGAAUUAACUAAGUCUGUUGAUCUUUUACUUCAACUUGAUGAGCCAGUUUUAUCACUAUGCAAAGAAUUUUUGUUACACUCGAAUAAUCAUUUAUGUGAAUCAUUGCGUGUACUUAAAUCACAAGUUGAAGAUAUAAAUCAAGUCGGUGAAUUAUUUGAAGAAGGCAUACGAACCGACAGAAGUAGCGAUUCGAGUCGUAGGACUCAAAUGUCUAGACAUAUAAGAGCAUGGUCGACUGGUGGAACAGCUACAAACACCCAAACAUUUUCUGCCAUUAAUAGAUUAUUUUCAGAACGCAUUGACAUAUUUUCACCAGUUCAAUUUUCGAGGGUUUCUAUUACAACAGGCAUUAUUAAAAUAAGUCUCAAGACACUUUUAGAAUGUGUUCGUUUAAGAACAUUUAAUCGUUACGGACUUCAACAGGUUCAAGUCGAUAUUCAUUAUUUACAGCUUUAUUUGUGGCGAUUUGUUUCGGAUGAAAAGUAUGAUAUUACAUAG